AUGGACGCGGCUGCACAGCCUCAACGCGCGUUCGGACUCGGUCAUACCAGCCACGAAUCCGGUUGGCGCGUCUCUAUCUCAGAUGCAUGGGAUGUCCUGGGGCCGUUCCCGAUCCAUGCUAGGGAACAGCACUUCUUGUCCCCUUCGUUUCCGCUGAACCUCUCUCAACCUCUUGAUCUGGAAGCCAAGUGGCCCUCGGCUUAUGCGGACGGCGGAGAAAUCGAAUGGACGACAGCUCGUUCCAAGACUGAUGGCACACUGGACGUUUCCUUCCCCGAGAUUCGAUGGGCGGCCCUUCGAGCAACAGAGGGGUGGGCAAGUCUACAGCACCACUCAGUUCUGCGUACCACAAUCACAGUGACUCCGCCGUCGGUACUCUCGGACGACGCCGCAGACCAGCUCGCCGAAUUCCCUCGACUACUGGUGGACGUGAUGCGGGGCUCGUUCUUCACCGUUCUCCCACCCAAGGAUAGCCCACUUCAUUCUGUGACCGACUUCGUUCCGCGUUGGUACAUGGGGAACAUCUACGGCAUGGAACGCGUCCUGCCGCAGACGGUCCCCCUCCCCUCUGCGCCUUCGCUGAACGGACCGACGACGUACGAGUUAAUUGUUAGCGGCGAUUACGAGAUCAGGCUCUUUGGUGAUCCACGCUUCAGUGGCGACAAGACUGGCGUCCCUACGCUCUCUAUCAAGCUAUCUGUGGAUCUCGAGCCAGUCCCAGCGGAGGAUACCGUCGAGAUUGUGCCGGGCCAUGGCGUAGCCUGCGACUUCGUCGACGGAUGGGCAUUCGGAGACGCUUUCGGCGUCGGCGUUCGGAGUGUGUCGGGCUGGUGGACCGUCAACAGCGUUUCACUCGCCACGCCUGAUCUGGCCGACCAACUCAACAUUACCCUCCUCCAGAAUACCACGCUUGCCCCCACGCAAGCACGCAUCGUUCCCAUCAAGCUAUUCCAACUUCUCCCCUUCGGUGGGCACGAGAUACCCGUGGAAUUGCACCUGGAAUCCAAGGGUACUGACGCUGUUACGAGGACUCUGUAUACCAGUAUCACCGUCCGGCAACACCCACAUUGGUCUCCGUCAGAAAUCCCGGAGGCUGGGAUACAAGCGACGUAUUUCUACAGCGGCUCGACGCCGACUGCUUUUCUGGUGAAGCCUCCAGAGGAGCCGAACGAGGGGCCGCCGAGGAUUCCUGUGCUUGCGCUUCACGGCGCAGGCGUCGACAUCUUCUCUAUGCCCUUCUGGAUUCAAGCCAUCCCACGCCAGAAACAUAGCUGGAUCGUCACUCCGAGCGGACGGACUGCAUGGGGCUUGGACUGGCAUGGGCCCAGUGCUAUGGACGCAUGGGGUAGUGUCGAUGCCUUGAGCGAGAUCCUGAAGAGCAGGGAUGCAUGGCGCGACUACGAGUUUCCCAAGGACACGCGGGUCCUGCUCAUCGGCCACUCGAAUGGUGGGCAAGGAGCGUGGUGGAACGCGGGGAGGUAUCCGGAUCGAGUCGCUGCGGUCAUCCCCGCGGCAGGCUACCUCAAAUCGCAGGCAUACGUGCCCCUCAUCCAAUCCCAUUCAGCGCAUUACGUCGAUCCGUCUCUCCGCGCCAUUCUCGAGACUGCGCUGACGCCCGAUGACAAUGAUCUCUUUCUCUCAAACCUGGCGCAUACACCGAUACUCGCCAUCCAUGGUGGUGACGACGAGAACGUACCGACGUGGCACAGCCGUGCAUACAUCAGCACGCUCAAGACAUGGAACCCCAACGCGAGCGUAGCGCUGCGCGAAGACCCCGGGGAGCUACAUUGGUACACCGGCAUGUUCGACAACCCCGACGUGCGCGAAUAUAUGCGCACAAUAUUGGAGAGCGACACGGGGUUGGCUACCACUUCCGUUCUCACGGAAACCCCGGAUAGCUUCACCUUGACAGUGUCAAUACCUGCUGAGAGUGGAUCGCUUCACGGAUGGCGAGUCCAUCAGCUGCUCGUACCCGGUCGCCUUGGGCGGCUUACAGUCCGAGUAACCGGCGCAUCAAUCGACGUUCGUACGGGCAACAUCGCUGCGUUCUCAAUUCGACAUGUCGUCCGGUACGCUGCGAGCACUCUGAUCGUGGACGGCACGGUACUUCCCUCCGGGAAUCUCCAAGACGACUUGGUGUAUUUCUCGUAUCAGGAUGGAAUAUGGAGGCCCACAGAUGACAACUCGCCACCAGCCCUUCAACCGUACGGAAGACUAGCUACCAUCCUUACAUCCACAGCACCGUUAACCAUCGUCUACGAACCCAACUCUCCAAGCCUUCUAUCGGCCGCCCUCCGUUUGGCCGCCGCACUCGACGGUUAUCACAAGCUCGAUGCAGAAAUCAUCAGCGACGAGGAGGCUACCAGGAGGCUUCACGCCAAUUCUCUGGGUGAUAGGAACGUAGUCGUCCUCACGACCGGCACAGGGGAGUUCACGCAUUCGCUGCUUUCGAAGCGGCGCACGGCAUUCAGCCUUGAGGGCGACUCCUUACGUCUCAAAGGCAAACCUCUGAGUGGACAGUCUGCUGCACUGUUCUUGCACCCGCAUCCGAGCGCGCCCGAUGCAUCGAUUCUGUUUAUACACGCACUGGAGGAGUCUGCAUUGGAGAGGGGACUACGACUCUUCCCCGUACGUACAGGUGUGCCCGUCCCCGAUUUGAUUGUGAUCACGGAGCGUGCGGACGAGAUGGGAGCGGGAGGGAUUGAAGGUGCAGGCGUGUGGGGUAACGCCUGGAGCUGGAAUGAAGGAGUGUCCUCGUUCUAUAUUAUAAAGCCGUAG